CGGCGGCGGCGGCCCGGCGCCGGCAGGGCCCUGGAGAGAGCGCCCUGGCCCCGCCGCGCAGCCUCUGCGAGCCGCAGCCUGCUCCCCAGGCCCCUCUGCUCUGGCCCGGGGCCGAGGGGAGAAGCUGCUUCCAUCCCGCAGAGGAGGCCGCGGGCUUUAGCAGCGCAGAGACGUGUGGGGGCCGUGUGACGAGAGAGUUCCAGGAGCUGCCACGACGAGCCACCCUCCACAUGGCCGCCAGGCAGGCUGCCGGGAGGGGCCCCGGGGGGAAGCGCAAGCGGGUGGUGCUGACCCUGAAGGAGAAGAUGGACGUGUGCGCGCGGCUGGAGAAGGGCGAGAGCCGGAAGGCGCUGAUGCAGGAGUACAACGUGGGGAUGUCCACACUCUACGACAUCAGGGCCCACAAGGCGCAGCUGCUGCGCUUCUUCGCCAGCUCCGCCUGCAACAAGGCGCUGGAGCGGCGGCGCACGCUGCACACGCCCAAGCUGGAGCACCUGGACCGGGCGCUGUACGCCUGGUUCCUGGGCCGGCGUGCCGAGGGCGUGCCCGUGUCGGGCCCCAUGCUCAUCGAGAAGGCCAAGGACUUCUACGCGCAGAUGCAGCUCACCGAGCCCUGCGUGUUCUCCGGCGGCUGGCUGUGGCGGUUUAAGGCCAGGCACGGCAUCAAGAAGCUGGACGCGGCCGGGGAGAAGCAGGUGGCCGACCGCCACGCGGCGGAGCGGUUCUGUGGGUUUUUCCGGAGCCUGACGGCGGAGCACGGCCUGACGCCGGAGCAGGUGUACAAUGCCGACGAGACCGGCCUCUUCUGGCAGUGCCUGCCCGGACCCACCGCCGAGGGCGAGCCGGCGCCCGGCGGCAGGCAGAGCCGGGACAGGCUGACCGUCCUCACGUGCGCCAACGCCACGGGCUCCCACAGGCUCCGGCCCCUGGUGAUCGGGAAGUGCAGCGGCCCCCGGGCUCCCAGGGGCACCCAGCACCUGCCGGCGGCCUCCCGGGCCGUGCUGGCUGACUGGUUCCACCACAUCUUCGCCCCCGCGGUGAGGGAGCACUUCCGAGCCCUGGGGCUGCCCGAGGACAGCAAGGCCGUCCUGCUGCUGGACGGCUCCCGGGCCCACCCGCAGGAGUCCGAGCUGGUGGCGGGGAGCAUCUUCACCGUCUUCCUGCCCGCCAGCGCCGCCGCCCUCCUCCAGCCCAUGGACCAGGGCAUUCGGCGGGGCUUCAUGAGGAACUUCAUCAACCCCCCGGGGGCGCUGCCCGGCUCCCACCCGCGCUGUGGCGCGAGUGACGCCAUCUGCAGUGUGGCCUGCGCCUGGGACGCCGUGCCCGCCGCCGUCUUCAGCCGCGCCUGGGGGCGGCUGUGGCCCGGGGCCGCCAUGCUGGCCGAAGGCUCAUCUUCCGAGGAGGAGCCCCAGCGCCUGGGCGCCAAGCCUCACGACCAGACCUUCGCGCACGUCCCGGAGCUCGGGGGCGGGGCCCGGUCGCGGCUGAGCAGCCGGCUCCAGGGCAGCGUGGCCCCGGGGCAGGAGGCCGGAGCGGGGCGUCGGGCCCAGUGUCCCCCGGAGCGGCCCGAGAAGGACGGGGGCCCCGAGGCUGCCGGGGAGGGCGAGGAGGCCACCUGGGAGCAGGCGGCCGCGGCCUUCGACACGGUGCUCCGCUUCGCCGAGGGGUGGCCUUGCUUCACGGCGCAGGAGCUGGGGCAGCUGCGCGCACUGCGCUCCGUGUUCACGCGGCGGCGGCAGGGGCGGUGGCGGCGCCCACCCCUCGGGGCCGUGGUCAAGCUCGAAGGCGCCCGGGAGCGCACAGGGGGCUGCGCCACCUCGGCCUGCGCGCCGUGCCCCACGGGCGAGAACUGACGGUGCCCAGCCGCCGGGCUGCGUGGUGCCCGCGGCAGGAGCUGUCCCCGGGGAGUGGGCGCUGAGGCGCGCAGGGCCCCUCACGUUCCGUUACCUGCCUUCCUGUCACGUCACGUCACAUGAACGUGAGGAGCUGAGCCUCCCAUGGCGGGGACCGGGACAGGACCGGGACGGGCGGAGUCUGGCCUGGCGCCCGUGGCUGAGCCUUGCUCUGACCCGCCCGAGCGUGGAGAGGGGGAAGCCGGCGCUCAGGCCACCACGGCAGCGCCGCUGUCCCGCCGCAGGCUGGUCCCGGGCCCCGCCCCUCGGGUGGCUGCUGGCCUGGCGGCUGUGCGUGUCACAUGGGCCCGGGGCGGGUCGCCAGCAGAGCCUGUUCGCGGCCCCGCUGGAGCCUGGUCUCCCGCAGCGCCCGCGUCUUCCUGAGAGGACCUCCGUGCUCCCGGCACUCACCGCCCCGCCUGGACUCGGCCCCCAAGAUGUGGGCCCCACGCCGACUCGACGCGGUUGCACGUGCCAUUCCCAGCGUCUUCCCUGCUGGGCCCGCCCCCACCUGCCCUCUGCCCCCUGGGGCCCCCUCUCUCCUUUCCUCCCUCUCCCGGCCCCUCCCUCGCCCAGCCCUGCGCACAGAUGGCCUGUCCCUCCGGGGCCACGGCCCCCACAGAGCCCGCCCACGCAGGGUCUGGCCGCCGAGGGCGCUGGCCGAGCGUGGAGAGCUGCGUCCUUGCUCAGAGGACGGACGUUCAGAGAGAGCCCCGGGCGGGCGCGGCGGCAGCGUCUCCUCGGUAUCCGCCUUUGUGUCCUGUUACCUGAGGACAGGGCACAGGCGUGACCAGGGCUGUGGCCCUGCCCGGGGCUGGGUGGGGGGCCGGCGGGGCCACGUGCGGGCACAGAGCUCCGCGUGGGGGAAGAACGGUCCUGGGCGCGGAGGCGGUGGCUGCACGGCACGGGGAAUGUGCUUGGCGCCCGAGCCGUCAGUGCAACAUGGCCAACGCUGUGACGUUCACGUUGGGGGUGUUUUACCCCAAUAAACAGACUGAGGGCGGUGAUGGGACCGGGUGGCUGGGCUGGGGACCUGCAGAACCUCAGAGGCCACCCCGGGCUUGGGGGUGUCCCCUCGUCCCACCGUCCCCCUUCCCUUCGGCGGCCGGGGCAGACCCAGCUGCCUGCUGCCUGGGAAUCCAGGGAGGGGGGCUCAGCCUGCCCCUCUGCCCACCUGUCCUCAGCACCCACUGAGUGCCGGGCGUUGCCAGGUCCCCUGGCCCAGCCUGUGGGGUGGGGUCAGGCCCCUGCUGGAGCAGGACGAGGCCUAUGAGGGGCAGGGCCCAAGGGCCUGUGUCUUCGGCCGGCUGGGGGCGGGGCCUCCGGAGCAGCCUCGGACCCCACCUGUCCUGUCCCUCUCACAUUUAUCGGGGUCCCUCCUCCUCAGAGGCCUCACUGGCCACUCCAGGCCAGCCGCUCCCUGACCCGCGAGCUCAGCCGCCUGCUGGUGGCGGGUUCGGUCUCGCUGGAGGGCCCCCCUCGAGGCCCCAGGACCCGGAGGCCUGCGGGCAUCAGCCUCGCUCGCUAUUGAACAAAACUGGAGAGGACGAGUGUCAGCCGCGGGUCCGUCGGCGACUCGGACGUUUUACGGAGAGGGAGGUGCCUGGCUGUGUUCUCCAAGCCGCUGCCUCACACACCUGGCUGGAGAGAUCUGGGGGGAAGGGGGGAAGGUGGGGGCCUUCCCCUCUCCCUACUGUGUCCCUAGAUCCCCUGCCGCCACCGGGUCGCUCCUGGGCUGGCAGGUGCGUCAGGGCCCGGCGGGUGGGUCGGGGAUGACGUGGGCCUGACGCGCUUUCCUCCCAGACAAAGGCCCCUCCGCCGCUGAGUCAGCGCCAAGGGCGUGUGAGCAGCCCCUCCUGGCAGCCCCUCCUGUCACUGCACAGC